UCCGGGGAGGCCAGUGCUGCGCUGCUGCUGGACUCCAAGGGUUUAAUUCUCGACGAGGGUUUAGUGGUUAAGACAAAAGAAGUUGUGGAGGUUUGGGGUUCGGGUUUUGCCCCCUCCCACGUGUUCGAGCACUUGGCCGAGCUCGCCAACUUCUGCUCGAAAAGCGGUUUGAGGUUCUCCUUCAAACCCUCGGCCAAAACCGCCCUCCUCUCGCUGCAGGGGCCCCUCUCUAUGCAGCGCUUUGCGCAACAAGUUGAGGGAGUACAGAGAAAGACGGCGGAGGGUUUGGAGCUAGGGUUUAGAGCUGACUUGUGCGAUGUGUGGGGGGAGCCCCUAAACCCUUCGGAGGUUUUGGGAACCCCCUUUAUGUCUGCGUGGUUUCUUAGCCUGACGCUGCCCCUCUGCAGGGAAAAUUGCUGCGGCCUGAGUGAAGCAAAGGCGCAAGCGUCUUCACGGAAGCACAUUGUGGGUUUUGUUUGCAGCAGCAGCAGCAGCAGCAGCAGCAGCAGCAACAGCAGCAGCAGUAGCAGCAAGGAGUAUUCCAUUAGCUGCGUCCGCGGGGGCCCCACAGGGGAAGACGGCAUCGAGUUUGCUGCUGAGGUCCCUGCAGCAGAAGCCCUUAUCAGGCUGCUGCUCGACGACUCUCUCAGUCUGCAUGCACCCCAGGGGGCCCCCUUGGGGGAGGCUUGUACGGAGCCCAGAGGGGGGAGAGAUGGCGCGGGACGAGGGUUUUUGGUGUUUUUUGAUUUGCAGAGAGACCGCUCGAGUUCCAGGCGGAGGACAGACGGCGCUGAUGAGCGCGACAGAGACAGAGACAGGGACAGGGACAGAGACAGAGAUAGAGAUAGAGACAGAGACAGGGACAGAGACAGAGACACUGGGGGGCCCCCCUAG